AGCUUUUAAAACAUUUGGUUUCCAAACAUUCAUCUUGCACCUUUAAGAUCAGAGGCGUAGGUCAUUCGAAUAGAGAGCCGUAGGCCUACCUGAACAUACUGUGCGCCUGUUUUGCCCUUUCAUUAUUGAACAAGCUUGACGCUGUCAUGCACCGCUGCGUAAAAAGUAAAGUGCUCCUGGAUGUGACAGGAUCAGUGACCACAGUAGCCGGAAGCGAUGGUGUAUCAUCCAGAUGGAGGACCGUUGCACGGCAUCAAGUCCCCCAUGCCGCUUGUCAUCUCCCCCCUUUUCUGCUUUGCUCUAGAUGAGGGAAAUCCUUAACUGAGUUGCGUCAUAGCUACGUCAAUAAACUCUCAUUCACUGACGUUCAGGUACCACAGUAGCCGCCAUAUUCGCAUCUAUGGCAGGGUAGCGGUGCUCGGAGAGCGUAUGGUCCCGUCAACAACAUCAACUAUUCCCACACCGACCCCCAAUCCUCCCCUUAUAGCGGUCCACAGUCGCACGGUUUGUGUCUGAUCAUCAAAGCGGAAUAUCCAGACUUCCUCAUAGGGGAGACAUGCAACGUGGAGCGGGGGUUUAGGUGGACUAGGAUGCCUUUCUCCCAGCCAGAGGAAUCCUGGCACAAGAUGGAGGUAAAUAGCGUUAGUACGGAGGUCAAUGGACAUCAGAUCAUGGACGAGCCCAUGGAGGAGGGAGAGUCUUUCACACACUGUGAUGAUGGGGCAUAUAAGGAAAUUCCUAUCACGCACCAUGUCAAAGAGGGCUGUGAGAAAGCUGAUCCAUCACAGUUUGAACUACUCAAAGUCCUGGGCCAGGGCUCUUUUGGCAAGGUGUUUCUUGUCAGGAAGAUCAUGGGUCCCGAUGCUGGUCAGUUAUAUGCAAUGAAAGUUCUGAAAAAGGCAUCUUUGAAAGUCAGGGACAGAGUUCGUACUAAGAUGGAGAGAGACAUUUUAGUGGAAGUCAAUCAUCCCUUCAUAGUGAAAUUGCACUACGCCUUUCAGACAGAAGGGAAACUCUAUUUAAUACUGGACUUUCUCAGGGGAGGGGAUGUAUUCACUCGCUUAUCCAAAGAGGUUAUGUUUACAGAGGAGGAUGUGAAAUUCUACCUUGCAGAGCUGGCCCUGGCCCUCGAUCAUCUGCACAACCUGGGCAUAGUUUACAGAGAUCUCAAGCCAGAGAACAUCUUACUCGAUGAAGCUGGACAUAUCAAGUUAACAGACUUUGGCUUGAGUAAAGAGUCAGUGGAUGCUGACAAGAAGGCUUAUUCCUUCUGUGGUACGGUGGAGUAUAUGGCCCCUGAGGUGGUCAACAGGAGAGGACACACGCAGAGCGCAGACUGGUGGUCCCUGGGAGUACUUAUGUUUGAAAUGCUGACGGGGACAUUACCGUUCCAAGGGAAAGAUCGCAAUGAGACCAUGAACAUGAUUCUCAAAGCGAAGUUGGGGAUGCCACAGUUCCUCAGUUUUGAAGCCCAGAGUUUGCUGAGAAUGCUGUUCAAAAGGAACCCUGCUAACAGACUAGGGGCAGGGGCUGAUGGCGUGGAGGAGAUCAAACGGCACGCUUUCUUUUCAACAAUUGACUGGAAUAAGCUGUACAGGAGAGAGCUCCAGCCCCCGUUCAAGCCUGCAGCAGGUAAACCAGAUGACACGUUCUGCUUCGACCCCGAGUUCACUGCUAAAACACCUAAAGAUUCCCCAGGUAUCCCUCCCAGUGCAAACGCCCACCAGCUCUUCAAAGGCUUCAGCUUCGUCGCUCCAACCUCUCUGGAUGAGAACAAGAGCUCCCCGCUGCUCAGCAUACUGCCUAUAGUUCAGAUGCAUGGAGGCUCAGCCCAGUUCUCAGACCUGUACGACCUGCAGGAGGACAUCGGGGUCGGCUCUUACUCCAUCUGUAAACGCUGUGUACACCGAGUCUCUGCCAUGGACUAUGCUGUGAAGAUUAUAGACAAAAGUAAGAGGGACCCCUCUGAAGAGAUUGAAAUCCUGAUGCGAUACGGACAGCAUCCCAAUAUAAUCACCUUGAAAGAUGUGUAUGAUGAAGGCAGGUAUGUGUACUUGGUGACGGAGCUGAUGAAGGGAGGGGAGCUGCUGGAUAAGAUCCUCAGGCAGAAGUUCUUCUCUGAGAGAGAGGCCAGCGCUGUGCUCUACACCAUCACCAAGACUGUUGACUACCUCCACUGCCAAGGGGUGGUCCACAGAGACCUAAAGCCCAGCAACAUCCUGUACAUGGAUGACUCGGGGAAUCCUGACUCGAUCAGGAUCUGUGAUUUUGGCUUCGCGAAGCAGCUCCGGGGGGGUAACGGCCUGCUCCUCACCCCCUGCUAUACAGCCAACUUUGUGGCACCAGAGGUACUAAUGCGGCAAGGGUACGAUGCAGCCUGUGAUAUAUGGAGUCUUGGCGUUCUACUGUAUACAAUGCUGGCAGGGUACACACCGUUUGCAAAUGGCCCCAAUGACACACCAGAGGAGAUUCUAUUAAGGAUAGGCUCCGGAAAGUUCUCUCUGACUGGUGGCAACUGGGACACUGUAUCAGACACCUCAAAGGACCUGUUGUCCCAUAUGCUCCAUGUGGACCCUCACCAGCGAUACACAGCAGAGCAGGUUCUCAAGCAUGCCUGGAUUACCUGCAGAGACACGCUACCGCACUUCCAGCUCACACGCCAUGAUGCACCGCACCUAGUCAAGGGAGCCAUGGCUGCCACCUAUUCAGCGCUGAGCCAGAAGACGAGUCAGCCGGUGUUGGAGCCUGUGGCAGCGUCCAGUCUAGCCCAGAGGCGCAGCAUGAAGAAACUCACCUCAACGGACAUGUAGACACACAUGCAAACACACAGACACACACACACAUGCACACACACACACACAGCUCUUUCCCUAACUCUGACCUCACACUUGCACUCUCAUACAGACACACACACAGCCUAAAACCCUGGCCAGUCGACCUUACUGUCUCCCUUUUAAUCUAUUUAUUUGACACCCAGCAUACAUACAUACAUGCAUACAUACAUACAUAACACACUGGACAAGGUUGCAUGGUGAGGACGUCAGCUGAAGAGGAAGAGGGAAGCUCACAUAUCUGUUACUGCUGGGGAGACAGACUUGUAUUUAUUUCCACUGCUUUCAUAUGCACUUGCCCUCCUCGCCUUUCGUUCUUUCUUCCUUUUUAUGUGGGGAAGAAAUGCACCAGCUGAUGUUCUCCUUCACUGUGAUUGGCUGAUUCAAAGCUGCUUCGGUAAACUGUGCCCCCCCACUGCUCUUCAUCUUCACUUUGCCAUCCUUCUUUUCUCCUCGGUUCUCUUUCUUCUCUUCCGUCUUUGCUUUUUCGCUCUCUUUAACUUUCUUUUUCCUCAAAGUCAUAUACUGGUUUAUGUGUGAGAGUAUUGGUGAGAUGAUAUUGAUUGGGGGAGACUGUCUGGCUGUUUGCUUACAAAAAGCAGCUCUCAGACUCAUGCACAUACACAAAAAGAUGUGAUUCUGUUUGUGGCAGACUGUGAAGAGACUCCCAGGUUGAAAUCAUCCGCUAACACUUUCGCUUAGCAUAAAUGCAUGUGUGGACAGACCUGUAUUUCUCUAUCCUUACGAUUUGCAGUCUGAUUCCUUUACUUUGUGAUGCUAACAAAUGUAUCAGAAGAGGUAAAAACAUGCUGCAUAUGGAGAAAGAGACUCUCGAGGUCAAAGUUGAAAGAAUGUGUUAAUGACAAAAAUGCUCGUUUGCUAAAACUAUAAUAAAGAUAAUGAAGAUGAAGAGCAUGUGGGGGAGCUGUAAGGAUUUCCCUGGGGGGGACGGGACGUACCCCGUCAAACCAGAGAAGCUGAAUUAUUAAAAAAUAAAUAAAUAAAUAAAAUGAAAAAAUGGAAGAAAAAAAAAAAACAGAUCAUUUCCAUGGAUAUCUCUUCAAAAAGACAUUGUGGAAAUUGUACCAUAUUGUAUUUAUUUCAUUUAAUUUUUAAGAUUCUAUUUUUCUUUCAAGCUCUGUAUAUAUUGACAUUAAAGAUCAUUAUUGACAUGCA